AUGUCGGAACCCAUUGAUCAACAAGCCCCCGAUCUGCCCAAUGAAGUUUUACUACAUGCUUUCCACUUCUUCCCCUUGAAAGCCCUCAUCAUCGGGCGAACGGUAUCUCAAGAUUGGAGGCGGUUGAUACCACUUGCUGAUAUCUCUCCCAUACGUCGCGCCCUCCUUGACUUCUACCUCACACUCGUCAGCUCACCCAUCUUUCCACAAACCCGCCCUUGGGUCCUUGCUAACCUCCAGCCGUUCGACCGCCAAGCAUAUAUCGAUGACCUGAUGCGCCAGCAUCCCUAUGUUCCAGAGGCCUUUCGCGUCUGGAUCUUAGAGUGGCCAGCGAGGGCAGUGAUUGGGUGUGUCUGGCCAGGCUUGCCCAAUUUCUACUCUAGAGGUCGCUAUGUGGAUGAUGUCCACCGAGUAGAGGGAACAAAUUGGCUGGCGCCAGUACCCCCGACGGUCUGUGCCAUACCAUUCAAAAACUGUACUCCAGAAGCCGAAUUCAUUCCUGCGCUGUUCAUCUUUUACCACCGUCAAGCUACCACCUGGCUCAUCCUCGACGAGAGAGAUACUCUUCGGGACAAGGUCUAUACUUUCUUUGAAGGUGGUAAUGAGCUCUGGGAUGAAGAUGGUUCGACGGAAUGGGAUGACAUUGAUGCGGACUGGAUCGGGUGGCAACGACGGACAUGGAAUAACAUCGAAGCGGCGGCGAGGGAAAGAGCCCAGAAAAACGAACCGAUCUUUCAGCUUGAGACAAUGCCAACAGAUCUCCCUUUCGUUGAACGCGUGUACUUCAGUAAAACAUUUCGGCGUCAUCAACUACAAGCGCAUCCUUGGCAGCAGAGGGGUGAUCCCGAGGUGCAGCAAGUUUUGCACUUCGAUGAGAAUAAUCAUCGUGUAACAGACAUUGGGGAAUUGAUCUCGGUCGAUAUUCACCUCAUGCCUAGCGAACCAAUGAUGCCGAUUAACUAG